AUGUAAAUAUUACCACCAGCAGAAAAAGUGCUACAUUUUUCAGAGACAAAGAGUUGGUUCAAUUCUAGACAUUAAUCUAAAGUAAAGGAGAAAUAUAGAAAAACUGAGAAGGAAUUAUUUGAUGAUGAAAUAGUUACAGAAACAUUUCAUUUAAUUGAUAGAGAUCAUUCAAGUAUAAGAAUGAAAUUAAUAUUUAAGAUACAAUAGAAAUGGAUGAAUUGUAUUCAAUGUUAAGAAAGAAUAAUUAUCCUGUGAAUUUAGCGCUUUUAAAGGCUUUUUUCGAAAUGACUGAUCGAGAUGGGAAUAGUAUAUUUAAUAUAAUAUUAAUUUAAGAAUGUAUAGAUUUAGAUGAAUUUAAAUAAGUGAUAAAAGAUGAAGGAACUUCUUAAAGUAAUAGUAAAGUGAUUAGUUUGAAUAGCAUUCAGAAUAUUGAUGAGAAAAAUGAGAGAAAUAGGAGAAGAGAAUUAUUAUUCAACUGAUUUUGUAAAUUUAUUAAGAUAUUUAUCCUAUUGUGCUAAUAGAACUGAUUUAAUAUGGCAAAUAAAAGUACUUAUUUAUAUAUAUUAUUAAAGAAUACACGUCUAUCAUUUGAAUAAAGAUCUAAAUUAGUAUCAGAAUUAUUUAAAGUGAAUUAAUAAUUUACAAAGAUAUCAAACCCAAAAGAGGAAUAAAGAUGUACUUUGAGACCUUUUAUGAGAAAGAAAGGUUAAGAUGAGAUCAAAUAUCUUACUCCAAUAAAUAAGAAACCUCGUAUCAUAACUAAUAUGUCUACUAAAACAAGAAUAAGUACUAGUAAUCAGAAUUCUAUUUUAUCUUUUGAUAUCAAUAGUAUAUCAUCUCCAAGAUUAUUUCCUUUGAAAACAGAGAGAUAUGUAUUUAAAAAGAAAAUGAGUUUAACUACAACUCCAUCAACUAAAUCCACUUUGUAUUUAACUAAGUCCAUCUAAAAGGUUAACAAUAAGUUUUGA